CACACACACGUAGUGUUUGUACGACUUAACACACUUAUUUAAGGUGGAGCACAGCUGGUUCCAGGAUGGGCAGGAUAAUCUUCUUCGAGGACAAGAGCUACCAGGGUCGCCGGUACGAGUGCGACAGCGACUGCACCGACUUCCACUCCUACCUGAGUCGCUGUAACUCCUGCAGGGUGGACAGCGGGACCUGGGUGAUCUACGAGAGGCCCAACUACGGGGGGUACCAGUACGUCCUGACCAGAGGAGACUACCCCGACUACCAGAGCUGGGUCGGCCUCAGCGACAGAGUGCACUCCUGCAAGAUGAUUCACUUCGCCAACGAGGAUCCUCAGAAGAUCCAGCUCUACGUCAAAGCAGACUUCGCCGGUCGUGUGUUCGAGGCGCUGGAGGACUGUCCCUCGGUGCUGACGGACUUCCACUGGAGGGAGGUGCACUCCUGCAGGGUGCUGGGGGGCUGGUGGGUUUUCUACGAGCACGCCAACUACAAGGGCCGCCAGUAUCUGCUGGGAAAGGGCGAGUACCGCAAGCCGGUGGACUGGGGCGCCAUGUGUCCCACGGUGCAGUCUUUCAGGAGGCUGACGGAGUAAAGUCUCUCCUCUAAAUCCCCUGAUUCAAGAUUCAGCAGCUUAAAUAAAACUGACAACGAGAA